AUGCCCGUCAACACAGCAGUCCCGGGUGCAUACCAGUACUUCCCGCUGAAUACACCCCCGCCGGGCGCGACGCUCAGUCCCGAGACGUACCCGCAGAAUCGCAAUGUCCCCCAUCUGUUCCGCCCCAUCACCCUCCGUGGUGUGACGUUCCCCAAUAGGAUCUUCGUUAGCCCUAUGUGUCAGUACAGCUCCGAUAACGGACAUGCAACAGACUGGCAUCUGGUCCACCUCGGGGGCUUCGCAACACGCGGUGCCGGCGCCAUCAUCGUCGAGGCGACCGCAGUCGUGCCCGAGGGCCGCAUCUCUGCAGAAGAUGCGGGACUUUGGGUCGAAAGCCAGAUCGCUCCAAUCAAGCGAUGCGUUGACUUCGUUCACGCCCAAGGCGUCAAGAUCGGGAUCCAACUCGCGCACGCCGGGCGCAAAGCUAGUGCGCAUGCUCCUUGGGUGUACGAGCCCGCCGAUACUUUGAAGACCGCUCCAAAGAGAUUGGCUAGUGCAGAGGAGAAUGGAUGGCCGGAGGACGUAUUUGGUCCCAGUGCUAUCUCUUAUUCUGACAGCUUCGCCACGCCGAAGGAACUUACUGUGGAUGGGAUCAAGUCCAUGAUCGAUGCCUUCGUCGCGUCGACCCACCGCGCGCUUCAAGCCGGCUUCGACUUCAUCGAGAUCCACGCUGCCCACGGCUACCUUUUCCAUUCUUUCAUGUCUCCACUUUCGAACGUCCGUAAGGACGAAUAUGGAGGCAGUUAUGAGAACCGCACGCGUUUCAUCAAGGAGGUCGUGCAAGCGGUUCGCGGCGUCAUUCCAAAGGACAUGCCGCUGUUCUGUCGGCUGAGCGCGUCGGACUGGGCACCUGGCAUCCCAGAGAAGGAUGAUGGGGGCGUAUACCGUCAAUGGGGCAGCGAGCAGACGACCCGCUUGGCGAAAGAGCUUACUGAGCUCGGCGUUGACCUGAUCGAUGUGAGCUCCUCAGGUAACUGGGAGAAGCAGGCGAUUCCUGUCGGGCCCGGCUAUCAGGUACCAUUCUCAGAGGACAUAAAGAAGGCGCACCCUGAGGUGGUCACCGGCACCGUAGGCAUGAUCCUGCAGCCGAAGCAAGCCAACGAGAUCAUCGAGAAGAAUCGCGCAGACGUCGUGCUCUUGGCUCGGGAGCUCUUGCGCAACCCCAACUUUGUCUUGACUGCCGCCAGCGAGCUCGGCGUUGCCGUCAAGCCUGCGAACCAAUACGAACGCGCUUGGACACGUGUUCUUCGUCCUAAGGACAGCGAUCAGGCGGCGCAGGAGCUGCUGGCGAAACAAUCGAAGGGGGACUCUGCAUGA